AUGUAUGAUCCCUAUUUGACCUACUUUCCAAACCACGACAUCAAAAUCCCAACACCCUCUAUACACUAAUAUAAUUCUUUAUGUCUAAUAAUGAUGUAAUUUGUGUAUCAUCAAAAAGGGAUCACAUCAUUCAUUCAAAAAAAUAAACCGUGCAUAGUCUAGAAACUUAGGCAUUAGUUGCAAGCCCUUUGUCAGAACUGGAAGGUAAAGGGAAGUUUGGAAAACAAGAUCCAUCAACCAUCACCGAUGCAGCCAAUAUAUCUGAUAUCAAUACUAAUAACAUUAUGUGCAACAACGAAAUUCGUGAAGCCCCCACAGAAGAAUACGACGACAAUGUUCAGAGAAGAACAGAUUAUCUUCUCAUCAAGCUUUAAUAUCACCAAGCUUCUAGUCCCUGCUGAUGGCCAGAAGUAUCUUCAAGCAGAAUCUUCUGACAUCCCCUCAAUCUUCUUCACCGUAGCAGACCCAAAAUCUGAAGGAGGCAGCUGCAUUUACGUACUAGAAGGCUUUGCAGCUUACGAAAUUCUUGAAGGAGGGAGAGACUCCACAGCAGACUACAGCUUCGAAAAGACCAUCUAUUUCGGUGCAAAAGACGGCCUUUACAAAUACCAUCCAGAUACUCUAUCAGCUAAAAAAUUUGGCCCCUUCAGAGAUGAUAUUAUUCAACUACAGAAAGCUAAUGGAAGUGAUACUAUUUAUAUACUCAACAGUGAACAUAAAGUUUAUAAGAUAGAAAAGAAUGGGACGGUAAAAACUAGAAUGCAAAGCAUUGGCUGUGCUAUGGAAUUUGUUCUAGAUACUUCGAAUAAUAUCUACUAUGUGUCUUGUGGAGAUAGGAUGCCUCAUAUAAUUAAAAGUGAUGGUAAUGUCUUAAGUCUAACAGCCAGCGUGAUUGAAGAUUUCAAGGAGAUAAAACUGCUAAGACCUGCAUUCAUAAUGGAGAAUUGUAUACCAUUCUUUGGUGAUGGUAACUUGCACAUCUUAUAUUCAAAUGGGACUUAUGAAAAAAAGGAUUUGACGAUUAAAGAGAAGCCUUCGGCGUUCAGUGUGGAUGCUGCCUUGUAUCUUGUAGCUGCUGUGAAUGGAAAGAUUUAUGAAUUUAAUGUAAUGGAAGUGUUAAUCAGAUCAAUGUUUGGUGUCGCUACGGAGUGGCCGAAGGAUGUAACUAAGAUUAUCAUGUCGAUCAUAGAAACAGCGAAAGACAGUAUAUUUGGAUUCACUAAAGAUGGAUAGGAUAAAUGUGUUUAAUUCUAUAAAGGACUGACUAGUUGACUAAUUCGCUGUUUAAGGUAAGCGUCCACAGAUCCGCAUCGUACUCAUCGGACGGAUCGCGUCAAACGGAUUAAUUUUUC